UUGUUAAACCAUCUCUGAUAUACUCUCCUAAUAUCUUUGUCUUGACAUGAAUACUCAGAUUUCUGUCUGGGAGGUCACUUUCCCCCUAUGCUCUAUACAGAAACUUUAUUUUUCUAUAUUUUAAGGAUCAUUUUAUUUCUCUCCAUUUUGUGAGUACAUAAUUUUAUCACACUUUAUUUUUCAGGGUGUUUACUUGAAUUGUUUCCAUCUCAUUCAAGUUGGAGUUUAAAUGCUUCCACUUUUGAAAAUUAAGACUAGCUUUAUUGAACAGUACAGUGAAAAAAUGUUUCCUGCUGUUAAGUGUAUCUGCACCUGGGCAUAAGCUCUUGCACCAUAUAAUGACAAUGUGGGGCAUCAGAAUGCAAACAUGAACUUUAAGUAAAGUGUUAGGUUAAAAGGGAAAACUCGUACACCUCCCAGUGAAAUAGAUCAUCCCUCCCCAUGCUGAGGAUUAUGUUUUCAUCUGGGAUUACCGAUGGUGAUAUUAAGAACGGGGCACUGGCUAGGGUCUUAAUGGCAAUGGGUUAAUGCUCAUAAACUCUAUUUAAAACCCUUCUUCCUUGUCAUAUCCAGUACGCAUUUGGAGUGGCAUCAGUCAGCAUCAUCAUCAUUUCUGUCACAUAUAAUACAGUUCCACUGAAGAAGUGUUGAAUGGAUUCUAGUCCAAUUACAGGACGUACUUUCGUAUAACACUGUCUUAUAAUUUUUGUCAUUUUCAGUGAGGGACUAUUUGGCUUUUUUGUAGAACUUUAAAUGAUGGCAUCUGCUGGAGAGGACCCAAAAUCAGAGGCUACUGACAUCGAGAGGGAAUCCCCAGAACAGAAGCAAAUUCUGAGCAUACUGAAUUACUCACAGCGUGGACGAAUGGAAGAACAGCGCUGCGUUUUGAAACCUGUUAAUACGACACAACACCUUGAUGUACAGGCAUCAUUGCCUGGAUUUAACUACCAGGAUCCUGGGAGUAACAACCAUCAUGGCUCUGCGCCUCAGAUCUCUGUGAUUGAGAGUACACCAGAUAGAGACAGGAAGCUUAAUUUGGCAGGCAACCAGUUAGAGGUUCCUUCUCAGCGUGACCGCUCCAAUUCCAUAAAGUCAGAAUCAGCUGAAGAACAACAGAAGUUCAUGAAUAUGAUCAGCCAUGGCCAGCGUGGACGGAUGGACGACCAGCGCUGCACCCUGGACCUGAGCAGGAGCGCCCCUUGCUCACCUAAACACACAGACAAAAAGCCUGCUGCAAGUACAUCAAAUGCAGAUCCUGAUACGUUCUUCAACCUUUUGGCAAACACUCAGAGCCGACGGCUUGACGACCAGCGAGUGUCUCUUUCAACAUUACCAGGAUUAAAUACAGACAAUAGCACUUCCCCUGGAGAUUCGGGCUACCUAUGUUACAUGGUUUCCAAAGUGCAGGGUUCCAGAAUGGACGACCAGCGGUGUUCACUACCUCUAAUCCGAACUCCCGAGACACCAAAAAAAGAUAAUUCUGCAUCUGGUAUAGACCCUUCAGCCAACUCAGAUGUAGAACAACCAAAGAAUAAAGAGAACACAUCUCCGAAAAAAGUCUUGAGUUCAGCUGACCAAGACGAAUUUUUGACCAUAAUGAGUAAAACCCAGCGAGGCCGAAUGGAUGAACAGCGAUGUGUCUUAAAUGUUACUCCCCAGUCCACACCUAAACACCAGUCCAGUCAAAGCACAGUGUCCCAAGGGAUAAAGAACGGAGGUACCACAUCAACUGCUGCUGACAAGGAUGCAAACUACUUGUGUUACAUGGUUUCCAAAGUCCAGGGCUCAAGGAUGGAUGAACAGAGAUGUUCUGCACCACAUGUCUUCCAGAAUAUGGGAACCUCAUCAGCUCAGCAAAAAGACCACAGUUCAGACGCAUCUGGUGAACCUCCCCAGAGAUCUGCUUCUUUUAACGUUGUCAAAGACAACCAACCUUCUCAGGAGCAGACUGCGGCUGAUCAGGAGCAAUUCCUGAAAAUUAUGAGUCAUGCACAACGUGGACGUAUGGAAGAGCAACGCUGCUCUUUACAACCCAGUAGAAGUACACCUGCCUCACCCACACACAAUGGAAGUGCUUUAAAAAAUGAAACCACAGGUGGAGAAGCUGAUGCAUUCUUCAAAGCCAUCGCCUCCAGUCAGGCAAGACGGCUUGACGAUCAGCGUGUUGCACUUCCUGGCUUGCCUGGGAUAAGUGGAAAUUCUGAAAGAAAUAGAAAUAGUCCAAAUAAAAAGGCUGAAACCCCAGCCUCUCCACCUCAUAUCACAGUGGCUGAGUGUACACCAACAACAUCAAGGAAAAACUGUUCUAGCCCAGAAUCUGACUCCACCAGGACCAUACCCAAAUCUGCUUCAUUCACCCCUGAGACAGAAUAUGAAAAGUUAAAUUCUUCAGCACAGGUGACAGUGAGGGUGUCAAUGAGCUUUACACCUCAGAUGGUACCGAAAUAUGCCCAUCAGCCAGUUCCAUACCCGGAAGUCUUCUUAACUCUUGGAGCCCCAGGAGAAAACCUUGUGAUCCCUCUGAGCCCAGUACCUGGUAGACGGCUGUCCUUUGACCUAAACCUUGUCCCCAGAGAAGAUGUUAAUUCCAGGCACUGCUCUCCAAGCCAUGCAAGUCCCAGGAAAACCCACUCAAGGCAAUCAUCCCCCAACAAAAAAAAAAAAGAUAAGAAAAACAGUGGCAACAAACAUUAGUCAGGUAUGCCACAUUGUAAAUGAUAUAUGAAGGAAAAUAACUGAUUAAUGUUAGAUGUUGGUAACUGGCUAGGAAAAUAGAGGACUGAACAUUGAAAAAUUAUAUUAAAAUAAAAUUUAAUUGGUAGUUUUCAUAUACUCAGUAAUUAGAAACGCUUGCUAGAGUAGAACAAAAGAUUAUUCUGUUUUUAUUGGGUUAAUUGUUAAGGCUUUUUUCCUUUGCUAGUUAAAUGUUUAAUUGUCUGUUAUGUUGUGGGUAAUAACUCAUUGCUUUGCUUUUUCAAAUGUAAAUGCAUUCCAUAAAGUAAAAAGUGAAACCGUUUUAUCUGCUUCUCCAAAGACGGCAAUUGCUGGUUAGCUGGAAUUAAACCCACAGGUCUGGCAAACUGUGUGAAACCAUGACAAAAAAAGCAUAAGAAAACACACCACAAACUGAAUCUGGCUAGUGAUAGAAAAUAUUUGAUCACAGUUACAUGUGCAAUAUUCAUAUUAAUGAUUCUAACAGAGUUUAAUGUAUUGUUAUCAAAGCUAACUUGGUUGUACAAGGUUGACCAUGAAUGCAAGUAAAGAGAAAACAUACCACUUCAGAAAUGUAUAGCAUUUAUUGAAGAUUUACAGAAGAAAAUAUUCAGGGGCUCAUAUUGUAUGAGCUCUUAAUUGCCUCAACUGGAUCUUGUGUCUUAUUCAGCAGAGUCACUUCCCUGAAAGUAAGAGAAGAUAUGUGUACAUUGAGGUAGUGUUUGUAGAAAUUUAUGUAGGAAUACAAUUGCAUGCAGUAUGCACUGAUAAAAAAAAAAAAAGGAAAGCAAUAUGUUAUGCAAUGAUAAGACUUGAGUUAAAGUUUGGGGAAUAUUGCUCUGCAACUGGGCGUUCAUUUCAGAAAUCAUUAUGGAUAUUGUCCUGAUAUAUAUGACAUUAGAACUUAUAAAUCAUGGCUGUUUAGAGGAAGUAUGUGCAUAUAAUUAAUAUACGAUACUGCCAAAGAAAAUAAAACGUUACCUUUCCAACA